AUGAAGAGGAAGAGUGAUAGUGAUAUAAGGAUUAAAUCAUUUAUUGAAGAACCUUCGGUGGCUAUUGGAUCAUUUUUCAAUGGUUUGAACAUCCCAACAUCCACUGACUUUCAUUUAUACCAAAAAAAUGACAAUUUUGAAAUGCAUGGAGAAAAUGAAUCAGUUGAAUAUAUUGCCAGAACUAAUAAUGAUGAAAGUGAUCAUGCUUAUGCAUUUGCGGUAUAUGAUCCUGAACUGAAAUCAGUAGAAUUAGUAUCAUCACCUAUGGUUCAUGGACAAGUUAUUGCCCAAAACAAAAAAGCUUAUAGUGGACCUAAAAUUAGACAAUUAGGUAUAAGGAAUCAUGAACAACGUAAUAAUUUAGGUGAAACUUUUGGUACUAAGAAAGCUAAAAGUGCUAUCACCAAUUUAGCAAGAAACAGAAUUGAUAGUGAAAAAUUAACUGAUGUUGAAUUAGAUAUUGUUGAUUCAGUUAAAUCAUCUACAUCUGAUUUACCAACAAGACAACAAAUGGAUAAACAAACUACUGAUUUAAGACCUAUUCCUCACAUUAAUAUGGGAGCCACUCGACUGGAAGAUAUUUACGCCCUUCAUGCCCUUUUACCAAAGGCUGAAUGGCUCAAUAUCAGAGUUACUUCUAUAUUUACUGAAGAAUCUUCAGAAGAGAAAUUGAAAAUGUUACCAUUUGAUAAAUCACCUUUCCUUGCUAAUCACAUUGACACCAAAGAUGAAGAUAAAUUAAAAGUCAUUUACUUUUGUUCCAUAUUAUUGGGAUUAUACCACAACAGAAGAAUCCGUGAUAAAUUUCAAUUGGUUUCCAAAUUCAAUCAUACAUUACCAGAUUCCAUUAUCAACUAUUUACUUGAAACUUUCACUAUAUCUAAAGCUACCAAAUUCGGUAAAGCUAAAGAUAAAUCAUUCUUAAUUGAUCCACAAAAUGAAGAUAAAUUAGUCAUUUACAUUAUUGCAACCAUGUUCCAUAUCAAUAAUUUCUUAAUCAACUUACAACCAUUAGGAUUCGAAUUGAAUUUGAAAACCACAAAAUUAGUUAACUUGAUAAGGAUCAUGGGAGGUAUUGUUAAAACCCCAGGUCAAGGUGAAGCUGAAGCUUUAGAUAUUCCAAAGAGUUUGAUAAAUAACUCUAAAGUUGCCACAUUAAAAGCUCCUGUCAAAUUACCCGAUAUGAGUAAAAGAGUUAGAAGAUAA